ACUUUCAUUUGUAAUACACACAUAAUCCCAGUGAAAAAUCAAGAGGGUGUGGCGAUGAUGUUCAUCAUUAAUUUUGAAUAUGUGACAGAUGAGGAAAAUGCUGCUUCCCCAGAAAGGGUAAACCCAAUAUUACCAGUCAAAACUAUCAACCGGAAACUUUUUGGGUUCAAGUUCCCUGGCCUGAGGGUCCUCACUUCCAGAAAGCAGUCCUUGCCGCAAGAAGACCCUGAUGUGGUCGUGAUUGAUUCCUCUAAGCACAGUGAUGAUUCAGUGGCCAUGAAGCACUUUAAGUCUCCUACAAAGGAAAGCUGCAGCCCCUCUGAGGCAGAUGACACAAAAGCCUUGAUACAGCCCAGCAAGUGUUCCCAGUUGGUGAAUAUAUCUGGACCUCUUGACCAUUCCUCUCCCAAAAGGCAGUGGGACCGACUCUACCCUGACAUGCUUCAGUCAAGCUCCAAGCUGACCCAUUCCAGAUCGAAAGAAAGCCUUUGCAGUAUACGGAGGGCUUCUUCAGUCCAUGAUAUAGAAGGGUUCAGUGUCCACCCAAAGGCCAUAUUUAGAGACCGACAUGCCAGUGAAGGGCCUUUUAAUCAUAUCAAGUCAAGCCUCCUGGGAUCCACUUCGGAUUCAAACCUCAACAAAUACAGCACCAUUAACAAGAUUCCACAACUCACUCUGAAUUUUUCAGAUGUCAAAGCUGAAAAAAAGAGUACAUCCCCUCCUUCUUCAGAUAAAACUAUUAUCGCACCCAAGGUUAAAGAUCGAACACACAAUGUGACAGAGAAAGUUACCCAGGGCCCAGCCUAUCCUGCCAACUCAGCAGGUCCAUGGUGCCAGAAGAGGGUGAUGCCUAGGUGGAUCAGAGGUGCCAGCUACCUGCUGCAGGGUCUUUCUAAGCCUGAUGAGAGAGAAAAGAUUUAUACAAAUAGCCAUAAAGAAAUCUGUUAA